AUGUCUACCAAUACGAAAAUCCUUGUCAUCGGCGCAGGAGAGCUGGGCAGCCAAGUCUUACUCGCUCUUGCUCGGCAUCCUCAGCGAAAUGGUGCAACUAUUGCCGUUCUCAUACGACCGGCGAGUAUCACUUCCACUCACCCCGAAAAAGUCGAACAGCUUGAUGUACUGCGCAACUUAAACGUGCAACUUAUCCCUGGUGACAUUGUCAAGGACCCCGAAGAGCAUCUCUCCCACAUCUUCAGAGGAUAUGACACAAUAAUCGGCUGCACCGGCCUUACAGCCGGCUCUGGAACCCAACUCACACUUGCCCGUGCUGUACCGUGGCAAUUCGGAGCAGACUACGAUAUCAUCGGAAGGGGAUCUGCGCAGGACUUAUUUGACGAGCAGCUUGAUGUGAGAGAUCUCCUCCGCGCACAGAGCCAGACAAAAUGGGCGAUUAUAUCCACCGGCAUGUUCACCAGUUUCUUGUUUGAGCCUUCCUUUGGCGUGGUCAACUUCAAGGAUGAUACUGUACUUGCACUUGGAAGCUUGGAUACCAAGGUAACAGUAACAUCGCCGGAAAAUAUUGGUAAAAUCACGGCGGAAUCUGUACUUGGCUCUAGAUUUGAUGAGGUCUUCAGUAACAAGCCAAUCUUUAUUGCUGGAGAUACUUUGACGUAUGCACAGCUGGCACAGUUAUUGGAGAGGAUCACGGGCCGCAAAUUUACGACGCACGUGAGAACCGUGGAGGCUGCUCGAGCUGAUCUUGCAAGGGACCCUAAUAACAUCUUAUUCAAGUAUCAAAUUAUCUUUGGUGAAGGGCGUGGCGUUGCUUGGGAAUUGUCCGAGACGUGGAACAGGAAGGUUGGGAUCCAUGCUCAGACUGCGGAGGAAUGGUCACGACUUCAUUUGACUGUAUAG